AUGGGUUCCGACGACUCGCUUCUCGACAAUAUUCCUCCCUUCCCUCCUUCUUCGGACACCAAACGAACAUCAUCCAUGUCCCUUUCCGCCAUCAUGAAAGGGUGCAAAGAUGGUGAGCUCGCCGUCCGUCAUUUCGACAGCAAUACCAUAUCCGGCCUCCACCCCCAUCUGGGCUUUUCAUCUAUCUCUGUCCAGAGCACUCGAGGCAAGGACGCCGGGAGGAAAGCCUCUUUGCACAACUCUCGCCAACAGCGUCUCGAUGGUGGCGCGAUAACGACUUUGGUUCCUAGCAUGUACCGACAUGUCCUCGGAGGAUGGAGGGGGUGGUGGAAAGCCGACCCCCACCCUUCUGAUUGGAUAUCCGUUUCCACCGAUCCCCUCUAUGCUCUUUUCAUGGCAGCCAACAGACUGGGGCAAGGACGCCAGUCGCGAGUGUUCUUAUCUAUCAUCAGCAGUAUGCCUGGUAAAGAUGAGAAGGUAUUAGUUGUGGAUCCAAGAGAAGAGGAAGAAAAAUUCCGCUCCCAUACCGUGGGGUUUGAUUUUUUCUCCUUGGAGAAUAUUCGUGCCAGAAACUUCAUGAGGAAGUUUUCCGAAAAGUUGUUCUACAAGAGCAUUCCGAAAUCUUACAUUGUGGAAACUGUGGAGAUUACGCAUGAUUCCAUACCAUGGGAUGAUAUUCCUCUUGGCUGGUUCCAGGGCGGCGCCACCAAUGAACCAUUUUCCUCAAUCCGCUGGAACUGGCUAGACUAUCUUUCUUUCAACCCUUAUGACAAGCUGGUGAAGUACGGUGACGCACAAGGUAUAAUUUGGGCUGAAAGAAAGGAGAUCGAGGAGAUGUUGAUCAGGCAAGCGAGAGAGAUCGAAGAAGCUGAGGACGAAGACCUAAUAGAAGAAGAGGAGGAGACGAAGGAGGCUCUAGACUGGCUUUUGCUGGGAGUCGAGGAGCCAGUCCACUACUUGUACGAAGAAGACAUGAAGGAAGCUAAGAUAGAAGAGGGGACUGAAUUGGAGAAGGCCUUACACGCUAUGAGCAUAUAG